GGCAACCAACAGAGGAAUAAAUCGCCUUUUAAUUCACUGGAUUCUUUAAAACGGGACUUCAAUUUACAGCCAUUUACAGUUCAACACAUACCAGCCUCGGUAAAGAGGAGGAAAUAUUCUCUAGCAAGUCCUGCAUGGUGGGCGUGUUGCACAGAGAUGGCGUUGGAGGAAGGAGCGAGGAGCUGUCUGCUGCGCUUUCGCCACAGACUGGAGGACGACAUCAAGCCCUCCUUCCUGAUGGACCACAUGAUCAGUGAUGGUGUGCUGACUGUGGAUGAGGAGGAGAGGAUCAGGACAAAGUCCACCAGGAAGGACCAGGCUGCGGCUCUGCUGGAGCUGCUGCUGAGGAAGGACAACCGUGCCUACAUCUCCUUCUACAAUGCCCUGAUCAAGGAGGCAUACGAUGAUUUGGCCAAUCUGCUUCACGAUGACCUACCACACAUGAUGCCUGAUGCACAUAAGAGCUCCUCUAACGGCUGCACACCGUAUGUCCAGACAGUGCUGAGUGAAGGCGGCGUGCCACAGAGGCCCGUGGUGUUUGUCAGCAGACCAGAGCUCGUGAACCGGGUCAGGGAGAAACUGUACCGACUACAGAAGGAGCCUGGCUGGGUCACCGUCUUCGGCAUGGCUGGCUCUGGGAAAUCUGUCCUGGCUGCCGAGGCUGUCAGACACCAUGGACUCAUUGAGGAGUGCUUCCCUGGAGGGAUCCACUGGUUGUCCAUCGGCCAGCUGGACAAACCAGACUUGCUGGUGAAGAUCCAGUCAUUGUGUUUCCGUCUGGAGCAGGGCCUGGAUUCCCAGUCGCUCCACCAUCGGCCCCCCAAUUCUCUGGACGAGGCCAAGGAGCGCCUGCGCUUCCUCAUGCUGCGCAGAUAUCCAAGAUCUUUGCUAAUUCUAGAUGACAUCUGGGACAGCACAGUGCUGAAGGCGUUUGAUAUUCACUGUCGGAUACUUUUGACCACCAGAAACAGAAGCCUGACUGACUCCGUUAGUGGUGCCAGGUAUGAGGUGGGAGUGGAGAGUGGUCUGGAUGAAAACAAGGGACUGGAGAUCCUCGCUCUGUACACUCAAACUAAACUCCAGGGACUUCCUGAGGAGGCUCGCAGCAUCGUCAGAGAGUGUAAAGGUUCGCCUCUGGUUGUGUCUCUGAUCGGAGCUCUACUCAAAGAAAAACCCAACCGUUGGCGUUAUUACCUUCGCCAGUUACAGCAAAAGCAGUUCAAGCGUAUCAGGAAGUCAUCGUCUUACGACUACGACGCCCUCGACCAAGCCAUGGCUGCAAGCAUUGAAGUCCUACCUGAGGAGCAUCGAGAGCUCUACAGGGACCUCACUGUGCUGGAGAAGGACAUCAAAGUGCCUGCCAAGGUGCUGUCCGUUCUGUGGGAGCUGGAGCCGGAGGAGGUGGAGGACAUUCUUGAGGAGUUUGUCAACAAGUCUCUGCUCUUUGUGGACAGUCACAAUAAACCCUACCUUUACUACCUCCACGACCUCCAGCUGGACUUCCUGGAGGAGCAGAAUCGCACCCAGCUCGAGAGCCUGCACUCUAAAGUGGUGCAUCAGUACCAGCAGCACUACAGAGACGGUCCUCCCACCUCAGGAGACGAGGAAUGUCUCUACUGGAUCAGAUUCCUGACAUACCACAUGGCCAAAGCCAACCUCUCCCAGGAGCUCUACUCGCUCAUGUUUUCUCUGGACUGGGUCAGCAUCAAGUCCCAGAUCAUGGGUCCGGCUCACCUCAUCAACGACUAUGUGGAGUACGGACCCAUUCUGGACAAAGAGAACAGUGAAGUCCGCAGUCACUUCCAGGAGUUUCUCUCUCUGAACGGCCACCAGCUGGAGCAGCGUCCUUUCCCCGACGUGGUGCAGCUAGCUCUGUCUCAGCCGCACACCUCUGAGGUCUACAGGCAGGCUCUGCUGCAAGCGCAGGACCGAGCUGGCACAGGGAAACUCUACUUUGACUGGCUGAAUAAGAGCAGUGUAGAGAGUCUGUCCCGUCUGGUGAUCCACCCCCACCAGGGCUCCAUCUACUCGGCCUGCUUCUCCCACGAUGGAACGAAGAUCGCCUCCAGCGGAGCCAGCAAGACACUCAAGGUGUUUAAGAGCACCUCAGGUGAGAAGCUCACAGAGAUCCAGGCCCAUGACGACGAGGUGCUCUGCUGUGCCUUCUCCCCUGACGACCGUCUCCUAGCAACCUGCUCCAGCGACAGGAAAGUCAAGGUGUGGAACGUGGAGCGAGCCAUGUUGCUGAGGGUCUUUGAGGAGGAGCAUGAAGAGCAGGUCAACCACUGUCAGUUUACCAACACGACGCGACGCCUCCUGCUGGCCACCUGCUCCAACGACAAAUUCCUGAACGUCAAGCUGUGGAACCUCAACAAACCCUCCUCCCAGAACACCAUGUUUGGUCACUUUGAGCCCGUCAAUCACUGCUGUUUCUCCCCCGAUGACACCUAUGUGUCCACUUCCUCCAACGACGGUACCGUUAAGCUAUUUCAGGUGUCAUCUGCCAAUGAGUGGAAGACAGUCAAUGUGAGGGACAUGUUUACAGAGAGUGAUGAAGACGUCCUCGUCAAGUGCAGCACCUGGACCGCUGACGGCAAACGCAUCGUAUGUGCAGCUCGUAACGCUGCUCUGGUGUUUGAUGUUGAGACGUCGGACAUGUUGUUGGAGAUCAGAACAAAUCGUCUGAGCACUGUGCAAUACUGUCACGCCUGUCCUACCAGUAACCUGCUGGCAAUCGCCUUCUCAAACUAUGCAGUGGAGCUGUGGGACUUGGAGGCCAAUAAGAAGAUGGCUGACUGCAGCGGUCACCUGAGUUGGGUCCAGCGCGUCCAGUUUUCUCUUGACGGCUCGCAGCUGCUCUCCUGCUCUGACGACCAGACCGUCAGGUUAUGGGAGACUAAAAAGGUGCACACGUCCUCAGCUGUCUGCCUGAAAAGAGACUCUGACGUUCUCUUCAAUGAUGAAGAAAUCAUAGUGUCAGCUGCAGACAACUGCAACAGACUGCAGGUGCGUGAUAGCAGGACAGGAUCGGUGCUGUUCCAGUCGGAGGAGAUGUCGUCCAGGAUCAGGUGUACGUGUAUGUGCAGGCAGCCCUCUGCUGUGGCCCUGGGACAGGAGGACGGCACCGUACAGGUGUUGGAGGUGCCCUCUGGGAAGCUCCUUGCCACUCUGCUGGGACACACAAAGACGGUGUUGCACUGCCGGUUCAGCCAGAACGGCCAUACACUCAUCACAUCCUCCGAGGACACCACCAUAAGGGUGUGGAGGUGGCAGUCUGGGGAGUGUAAAGUACUGCAGGGUCACAAAGAACAGGUCAGAUGCUUCUCUCUACUCACCAACUUACCCACCGAUACAAGACUGCUGUCCUGGUCCUUCGAUGGUACUGUCAAGAUGUGGGACCUAGAAAGCGGAGAGAAGCUGCAGGACAUUGAGGCUCAUCGGGGAGCCAUCCUGUCCUGUCAUGUCUCGCCAGACGGAUGCCUCUUCGCCACCACCUCUGCUGACAAGACCGCUAAGUUGUGGCAAUGUGAGUCCUGGCAGUGCCUCCACAUGCUGAGCGGCCAUCAAGACUGUGUCCGAAGCUGCCGAUUCUCCUGGGACAGCCGACGCCUCGCAACCGGAGAUGACAACGGAGAGAUUCGGCUCUGGAGUGUGAAGGAUGGCUCUCUGCUCAAGAUUUUGUCUCGGGAAGGUAAAGACGGCAUGGACUCACUGCACGGAGGCUGGCUGACCGACCUGCACUUCUCCCCAGACAACUCUCUCCUGGUCUCAACUGGUGGCUACAUCAAGUGGUGGGAUGUGGACAAAGGCGAGGCGCUGCAGACCUUCUUUCCAACGGGAACAGCGCUGAAGAGGAUCCAUGUCUCAUCCGACUUCUCCACCUUCGUCACCAUUGACAGCAUCGGUAUCCUCUACAUCCUGCAGAAGGUAGUGUGACAUCCCACUCCAAAAGACCAAAAAGAGGGAAGUUCUCUUCUAACCAAACACUGCAUUUGUCUUACAAAAUCUACAGACUGUACACACACGCUUGCAGAGGGCUGAAAUGAAAGCUGCUGCAUCCAAGAACCAAACAUUUCUGAUACCAGGUUUACAUUCAGGCUGAAAGUAGUCACCAGCAUUACAAACAAUCACUGUCACUUCUGUGGGGUCAAACGACUCCGCUGACUUUACCAGUUUGCACCAGCUCUCAGUGAAACUGCUCCAGUGACAAUCAAUCAUCGGAGGCGUCGAUGCACCAUGAAACUCUAAAAAAAACCCUGCUCCAAUCUCUGUUUUAUGUUUUGUAGAAAGAAUAGAGCAGCAAUUCUUAUACAAAGCAAAAUGUUCACAUCAAAAAUGCGUUUUUUGACGAUCAGAUCUUCACCAGCAGAUCUUUUGAAUCAUUAAUACCUAAUAAAAAGGUAUAUGAUA